AAUCCGGCCCGAGCAAGCACCGGACGGAGCUAAAACCCUAACCUACCAAACGCCCAAACCCGACCCCAAAAUGGCGCCGGCGACGGAGCCGACCGCCGCGGCCGCCGGCCGCAAGCGCAAGAAGCCGGACGGGCCAUCCAAAACCCUCGCGAAGAAACCCUCGGGUCCCAAAUCGACGUCCGGGAAGAAGAAGAAGGAAAAGCAUAAGCACACGACGCAUAAGGAGAAGAAGCCGCAGCCAACCGGCCCGCCCGCCAAGCAACCAGCCGAGCCGGACCAGGCCGCCGCCGGAGGUGGGGCCGCAGGGGGAGGGGUCCUUUUGUCUGCCGCGAUGCCGCCGGCGCGGCAGCUCGAGUUCCUCCUCCGCAGCUUCGAGCGCGCCGGCAAGAUGCGGCUCUCCCCCCUCGAGCUCGACUCCUACUCAGAAAGGUGCAUGGUCCCGCUUGCGGAGGGACGCGCCCAGGACGUGGAGAGCUUCGGUGACCAUGUGAAGGGAGCAUUCGGCAGGUCGUGGAAGGAGGAGCUCUGCGAGGGGCAGGUUGUGGAGGGCGAGAUCGGCGUGGGCAGCCCUGCUCUCCUGGUUAUCAGCUCGGCUGCUCUGCGAUCCUUGGAGCUUCUGAGGGGCUUAAAAAUGUUCACCAAAGAAUGCCGCCCGGUAAAGCUCUUUGCUAAACACUUGAAAGUGGAGGAGCAGGUGGCAAUGCUUAAUGCUCGAGUAAAUAUUGCCUGUGGUACACCAAGCAGGAUCAAGAAGCUAAUUGACAUAGAAGCUUUGUCCUUGUCACGCUUGAAACUAGUGGUCCUUGACAUGCAGAAAGAUGCAAAGUCCUUUAACUUGUUUACGCUACCACAAGUCAGCAAGGAGUUCUGGGACUUAUACAAGGGCUACCUAGAUCCAAAGGUCCGAGAAGGGAACACGAGGAUAUGUUUCUAUGGUGCUGUGUCUGAGAGAGACAUUACCAAAGCACUUCCACUUGCUGAGUAAAUGUCUGUAUGAGUCCAGUUGUAUGUGAGCUGAGAUGUCUUUCUGCAGGCUAAUGGAACCUUGUUAAAGCAGGUUUUCGAUAGGUUAAGAAAUUAGGAAUUUUGGCCGUGUUCUUUUGCUCCCCAAGUGUUUUUUACCCCUGUUAAUUGAGUGUAAUUGUUGGUGCAAUUAUUAUACAAAAGUGUUCAGAGCCCUGGCGUGGUGUUCAGACCUCAAUCUUGACCGUCAGAGUAGUUCCAGAAGGGUUAAAAGCAGAUUGCUACAAAGCCAAGUAGGGAGUGGCUUAAAUCUGAAUUUUCUGGUUCUGAAUACCACUUUACCUGAUGGUUCCGAA